UGCUCCACUCCGUCCAUCUUCUUUGAUUCUCGAAUAACCCUUUCAGGCGUUAUACCCAGUACGCAUCAUGCCGCGCGCAGAAGCUGGAAGCACCAAGGCCAUUGGCAACAAAAUCAAGGCUAAAGGCUUGGGCAGACUCAGAUGGUAUUGUCAAGCCUGUUCCAGGCAGAUGCGAGAUGAGAACGGCUACAAAUGUCACGUCCAGAGUGAAAGCCAUGUGCGCCAAGUACUCCUAAUCGGCGAAGACCCCAAGAGAUACAUCGAAGACUUCAGCAAAGAGUUUCUUAGCAACUUCUUGAACCUGCUAAGGACCGGUCAUGGCGAGAAGAAGGUUCACAUCAACCAGUUCUACCAGCAAGUCAUUGCCGAUAAGGAGCAUAUUCACAUGAACGCCACGAAAUGGAAGAGUCUUACACAAUUCGCUGCAUACUUGGGUCGGGAAGGUCUUUGUCGCGUCGAGGAAACCGAGAAGGGUCUGUUUGUUUCGUAUAUCGACCGGAGCCCUGAGGCUAUGAGACGGCAGGAAGCCCUUCUCAAAAAGGAACGUCAGGAUCGAGGAGACGAGGAAUUGGAGCAGCGACAACUCCAGGAACAGAUCAAGCGCGCUCAGGAGAAUGCUAAGGAGGAGGAAGUGGACCCCGAGGCUCGGAUCCUGCAACGCAAGGAGGGUGAAAAGGUCAAGCUAAACAUCGGGUUCGGGUCAAAGACUGGUGAUUCUAAAAGCGAGUCGCCAAAGCCUGCGUCGUCGGAUGAGAAGGAUAGUGGCGCGUCGACUACGCCCGAGACGGCUUCCGCUUCGUCUGCUCCUGCUCCUGCUUCUGCCUCUGCUCCCGCUCAACCACAAGCAGCACCGAAGGUAUCUUUGUCAUUUGGCGGUGGUUCCAACAAGCCAAAGAACGUUUUCGCUGCCGCUGCGAAGAAGAACCCGCUUGCUGGGAAGAAGGGGUCGGUUCUGGAGCAACCUAAGAAGAUGACGGAGCAAGAACGUAUCAUGAAGCAGGAGAUGGAAGCCAUGGAGCGGAAGCGUAUGCGUGGUCCAUCUGGGUUUCCUGAUGCUAAGCGUCCGAGGGUGUCCUGAAUGAUUCUUCUGGGAUAACAGCUUCGAGUGGGGUAUCAGACUCCACAACCAUCAUCCGCUUCGGUGUCGCUCCGCCCAGUGAUGUCGAUCUUAUGUUCUCGUCAGCCGCGUUUCUGACAACCACUAGAGAACCAUAUGCUGUCUUGUAACCGGGCUCUGACCUUUACGCCAUGCUUUGGGCGGUAUUUCCAUUAUUCCUUGGACAGUGCGUUGCGGUGGUGCAUUUGAUCUGAGGCACAUAUAUUCUAUGUCCAGGAAAGGCUUUCGCGUCAGUAUGUUUCAGCGGCUACUGUCGUCUGCUUUGGUUACCUUGCUAGGCCGUCUCGAUAGAUUUGUGACUAGAUAUCGCUAGCUAUUGUUGUUAGCUAUAAUUAAAAUAUUCGAC